GCUUUUAUGGUCUCUUCCUCUUCCGCUUCCUCUGCCAAUUAAAAAUGCUCCCUUUCUUCUUAUCUUGAUCGAUUCCUUGUUGAAUUUCUGUUUCUUUCGCCAUGGAGUUCCUCGUCUUGCUCGCCGUCUUCCUCUGCACCUGCGCCGUCAUCCACUACCGCCGCUUCCUCGGCCGCCCCAAGCUCCUGCCGUGGCUCUCCUCGCUCCUUCCGUCUGCCGCGUCGCCAGGACUAGAGAAGCCGGAGGCGGAUGAGGAGGAAGAUGAUGAAGGCGAUUCAUCAGUGGAGGACGGAGAGCACGAGCUGGAGCGGAUAUUCUCCACCUUCGACAAGGACGGUGACGGAUUCAUCACGGCCGGCGAGCUCGAGGAGUCGCUCCGGCGGUUGGGCCUCGCCGUCACGUCCGAGGAGACCGCCGCCUUGGUGGACCGGGUCGACGCCAACGGGGAUGGCCUCAUCGACCUGCAGGAGUUCCGCCAGCUGUGCACAGAGAUGAUGCUCCAGGGAGAGGUGGCCGUCGGAGAGGAUGACGAGAAUCUGAGGGAGGCGUUCGGUGUGUUCGACGGGAACGGGGAUGGGUUAAUCACGGCGGAGGAGCUGGCCAAGGCGCUGACUUCGCUGGGGAUGAAGCAGGGGGCGAAGCUGGAGGACUGCAGGGAAAUGAUUAAGAGGGUAGACAGGGAUGGCGACGGGAAGGUUGACUUUGGCGAGUUCACGAAGAUGAUGAAGACGAAGGGCGGCGGCAAGAAGCUCUUCUGAUGCCAUCCUCUUUAUUCCAUGUCCAUUCUCAAAAUCUCAAGGAGAUUUCUGUGUAUAUCUGACUUGUGUAUAUCUGAUCCCUGUAACUGCAGCAACUUCUUCAAUCUUACACGCUUUCCAAA